AUGUCAAUUUCAACUGUUUCAAACGAAUUAUUGCUCCUAAUUGCGCAGCAAUCACAAUCACAAAAUGAUCUCAACGCGCUGAUACAAGCCAACUACCACUUCUAUCGUCUGCUAAAGCCCACGUUGUAUCGAUACAACCUUUGCCAUCAGAACGGGGAUGGUAUCCUUCGGGCAGCUAAGUUAGGAUCUAUCACUGCGGUAGCUCAGUUCAUCAAAGAGGGGUAUAUUGUGAAAGGCCGACCCGUCCAUGACAAAGAACACGUGCUAGACAGAUUUGGACAACAGGUCCCAUGUUCGUGUCAUUUAGAGCACCCGAUACUGUAUGCCGCGGAACAUGGGCAUUCGGCGCUUGUCGCAUAUCUUCUGAGUGUGGGCUCAGAACCAGAUCUCAAGAAUAGCCUAGGUCAAACUCCUAUGCAUCGAGCGGCGAAAAACGGGUGUCUCUCUGUUGUCAAGGUCCUUCUAAGCGCGUGGAAAUUUCCUAUAGAUGGCGACGACACAUUCACCUUGACUCCUAUCAAAGAGGCUGCAUUAAGAGGACAAACGCAGAUGGUCGAAUGUUUUUUAUCCUCUUGUCUAAGCCCCAGCAACUAUGCUUCUUCAUCUCUUCCAUUUGCCGCUGUAUCCGGUGAUAUGGCGUUGGUAUCGAUGAUCCUUGGCUAUGGAGCAGAUAUCAACCACAAGUAUAUUGAACGGCAUGUCCCUAGGAAGCCUAUAAAUCCAUAUGGAGGGAAAGGGCACGAAGCAACAGCACUAUCAGUGGCAGCCACAUACGGCCAUUUGACUCUUGUGAAAUUUCUGCUUAACAACGGCUCCGACAUUAACCUCAAAACGGGGUUCCCGUACCCCACUCUGUGGAAGACCCCUUUGCACCUAGCAAUUGAGAAAGGCCAUGAGGAGGUUAUCAAGGUGCUUUUGGCCCACAGUGCCGAUAUCGAUGAUGAACAUUUACGUGAGGCUGUUUUACAAAACAACAAGAAACCGGUAGAAAUGCUACUCGCCAAAUACGGAGCUGAGAAUUGUCGGUCCAAUCUUUUAAGGCUUGCAGGAAAGGUUGGUGACGUGGAGAUUUGCCAGAUGCUAUUGGAUAAAGGCUUUGAUCAAGAAGAGGCUGUCGUGAAAGCAAUUGAAUUUGGUCAAGACGCAGUCGUCACCCUUCUCCUGGCACAUGGAUUGGAUAGUGACUUACCAACCCUCUGCGAGAGUGCUAUCGGCCUAGCAAUUAUUCAUCGGCAAAGCGGCAUCAUGGAAAUCUUAUUGAGCCACGGCGCCCAUAUCUACCCGGAAACUCUGAAAUCCGCGGGUCUCUUUGCCCCUGAGCACAUAGGAGCGUUAGCAAAACAGUUCCCUGUGCAUUCCCUCAGAAAAAAAGAGAUGUAUCCCUCUGUGUAUGCCCGGACGCCUGGCCCUCAACCUCGAAUUUCUGGUGCUGAUUACGGUUCCACCCAAAGGAGGCUUUGGUAG